AUGAUGUUCAAGUCUUUCGGUCUUGCAGCUGCUUUCGCUGCCACUCUCUCUUCUGCCUUCCCGGCGAUUGUCCCGCGCAACGCAAGCGGUAGCGACAUCACCGGCGGCGUUCAGAUCGUGAACAACCUGAACGUCCCCGUCUACGCCUGGUCCGUGGCCGACACGGUCGGUUCCAUGCAGACCCUGGCUGCCAACGGCGGCUCCUACUCAGAGAACUGGCGCGUCAACUCCAACGGCGGCGGUGUCUCCAUCAAACUCGCCACAACCCCCAGCCAGGACGACGUGCUACAGUUCGAGUACACCGAGGCCGGCUCUACUAUCUUCUGGGAUCUGUCCUGCAUCAACAUGGGCACCAACUCCGAAUUCACCAAGUUCGGUUUCGCCGUGACCGCCAACAACCCCCAGUGCCCCUCGGCCGUCUGCAAGGCUGGCGACACCGCCUGCGCUGAUGCCUACCUCCAGCCCGACGACAACGAGGCCACCCACGGCUGCCCCAUCAACACGGGCUUCACUCUGGCCAUCGGUCAGUAA